AUUAAAAUAAAAUUUGUUAAAAUUGUAAAAACCAUCUCAAUUGACAAUUUUGUUAGAUUUGAAGAGUAACGACGACAACAAGAAGGCAUUCAAUCUCCGGCGAUCGCUCAAAGAGAGAAUGGGAUUGGGCUUCGUCGUCGGCGUCCUCGGAGUCUUGAUCCUUUCUCACUCAGCCUACUCUACCAUCCAGUAUAGGUCUCUGCUGAAGAUCACCGAGGACGAGUUCUCUGGACCACCUAUGAACGUGGUUGGUGAGCUGAUUUUAGGGUUGGUUGUGUGUAUGUGGGCUGCGUUGAUCGUUCCAGGGAAAUUUCUCUCGAUACUUCUCGAUUCUGAGGAGAACAGGGUAGUAUCUUUACCUGCGAAUAUGGAUUUCAUGAUCUUCAACCAUCGUGGAAAAGCAUUUCCUUUACACCUUGAUAUGAAGUUGAAGUGAAACAAAAAAAUGACACUUGUCUAGUAGUUUUGGAAGUUAGAGGCGUUUUAACAGAUAAAUCUGAUUGAUAUUUUCCGUUAGUGAAGUUGCAUCACCCACAAGGAGCUAAAUACUGUACUUGUGGAUUCAAAUGGAUAUUAGACACAAUACGGAGAACGGGACCUUCGUGGUUGUUAUUUUGACUGAAACUAUCAGAAUUUUUUAUGAAUUUCAAUUUUUUUUUGUGAAGGUCACAACCGGUCUGUCUAUGUUCGAAGCAAAAACAGAAGCACGGGAAGCUUGUAUUUGAUGUUUGGGAUAUUUGUUA